CAACAGCAGCAGCAACACCCAAUUCUAAACCGUCCAGCGUCUGCCUAUUUUAAUAGCAAUAAUAGCAGUAACAAUACCAACCAGAGUAAUUUGUUACUGACAACACCAAACUCUAUGUCUUACAAUAUGCCUAACCAGCAGCCUAAUAAUGUUAGUAAUAACGGUAAUCCAUCGAACAUAUCGCAACAGCAGCAACAGAGUAACAUGAACACGAUGAACAGCCGUCUCGGUGGGCUGAAGCAUCAACAGCAGCAGCAACAGCAAAUGAUGGGAGGCGGUCCUUCUGCUAACGUGAACGGGUUUAUGCGUGACGUACAGGCACAGCAGAGUUUGCGCAUGAAUCAGAUGAUGGCACCAUCGAUGCCCAACAUUGCCCACUCGGUUGCCGGCGGCUAUCAUCCGUCUGUGGGAGGAAUUUCCGCUAGCCAGAGCAUGCAAAAUGUGAACAUGAUCCCUGGUGGUCCCGGCAGCCCUGCCGGUGGCGCUGGAUACAACUACCCAGGAAGCAGUGCGAACGGUAGUCCGAUGUUAUCGCCACAGCUGUACCCCCACGACCAACAACAUCAGCAGCUAGCUCCUAACCAUCAUUCUUCGCUACUGCGCGGACAAGCAAAGUUAGCGGAGAUGAAUGAGUUGAUCAAGCGCCGCCAACAACAGCAACAGCAGCCCGUCGCUUAUAACACGGCAGCCGGGGCAAACAAGCCACCACAACAGCAGCACAUGAUGCCACCAUCGACGGCUCCGAAGCCAGUGCGAGCGCAGGAGGAUCAACCUCCGUUGCCACCAGCAUCAACACAUCCUCUGUUCAAACCGGGAACCGGUGGCGGUCCACAACCGAGCCCUGGUAAUCAAGCGUACAGCAGCUCGGAACCACCGAAAGUAGGUUUCUAUCCAACUAUGGCACAGGGGCAAAAAAAUAUGCCUCCUAUGGGCAACAGUAACAACCCGUGGGAACGGGAGGAGAAGGAAAAGGAAACGGAACUGCGCCGUGAGCAUUUGCGCGCUUGGCGCGAUCAACAAAUAUUGGAACUGCAAUCACUUCCUCAGCGUACGCAGCAACAAGAAGAGCAGCUACGCACACUGGCCCUCGAGCGUGACUUUGAGCGACGAGCGAUGGAAGAUGAUCAAGACUACGAUAACGAUUUGCCUUACGGUGCGAAGGAACAGGGCAGCGUUCAAGAGGUGGUGCGCCUAGCGCAACCGAGCACUGCUCCGCUCACGGCGCCGAUGACGAAGUUGAAACAAGUGGACAUUAAGCAGGCUUCCGAUACGCUCUCACUAACGUCCAGCGAACACUCCUCCACGGUACAAUCCGUCUCCACGGCAAUCGCCAGCUUCCAACAGCAACAGCAGCACACAUCCAGUGGUGGCACCAGUGGGCCACCAUUGAUACAACCGAAGAGUAUCCUCAAGCACAACACCAACAGCAGUACCCCAUCGUCACCUUCGAAGGGUGCAGCAAAGACGGCGAGCUUCGCCCAUGACAACAAUGCCAACCAUCCCGCUGCUCGAUCGCAGCUCAACCUCAGCGAAAUCACCGCCAACAACACGAACGCCAACCAGAUGAUGUCGCAAAUGGUGCACGAUAUGAAUCACCUCAACCUGGCUUCUGGCACUAUGAUGGCAGGAGAGGAUCGGGAAAACAGUAGCGAGUACGGUAAUCCGGCUGGCUCCGAGCAGCUUCUCCUCAACGGUGGUAUUACGAUGGAUAGUAGCAGCGGUAUGGGCGUUGGCGGCGUACCGCCUCCUCCUCCACCAGAGCGAAACAGUUCAUACGUCAUUAUGUCACAGCAACAACAGAAGCUGCGCCCUAGCUCAGGCGGCCCUGGCUCCGGCAAGUUAUCGUUCGGUGGUGGUAGCAACAGCCCUGCCUUAGAUCAACAGCAAAACAUUAUGAACAACAAUGCUACGGGAAGCAUGAUGCCUGGUGGUGCUGGCGGUAACGGUGGCGGAACGCUUGGUGGACGGUACAGCAACAAUAACUUGCUAAUGACAGCGCCACCGAGCAAUAAUCAGCAGCUCAACGCGGUCAACUCGUCGAUCGCCAACUCUUCCUCGGCUCUGUUGAUGGGAGGCAACAACAGUGGAAGCUACAAGGACAAUAAACGCGUAUCGUUCCACGAUGAAGAUGCUGGCAACAACAACAACAACCCUUCGACACCAGUCGGAUACACGCAAGCCGGUCAUCUGAUUGGUGGUGCCAUCGGUAACGAGUCAAGUGCUGCAGGUGAAUUGGGAACAAUCAUGGAGCGGCCAGAUCCAGACCGUUUCAUCGACGAAACCAUGCCGGCUAUGCUGCACACCCCAACUACACCGGAUGGUGAAAAUUGGAACAUGCAAAUUCAAGCAACACCGGGCGUCAUUGGGGCCCAAGAAGUUUAUCGUGACCCUCGCACUCGACGUCUGGCCGAGCAACAGCAGAAACAGAAAUCGGAACCGGUUCCGGAGAAACUGUCGUUCAAGGAGAAGAUGAAGAUGUUUGCCUUAGAAUCUGGCGAAAACAACACCCCCAAGGAUAAGCUGAAGAUUUCCCGUGCCCAAAGGGACAUCGAUGCGGUUCAUUGAGCGCAGAUUGAACGCCUUUGAGGAAAGGUAAACUGUCAGCUAUCAGACGUUUCCCCAAGACCUCCAACCUCCGCUAUCACGAUGGUUUACCUUUGACAAACCACAUCUAUACGUACGUCGAAACAGACCGUACACAGUUUUCAUUUUGCGUUGGGUUUUGUGGUAUGAUGAUGGCUGGCGAUUGCUUAACAUACAAGAAGUCGCUCGAGAUUGUAUAAAUAUUGGGUAACCCAAUGGGUUUCUAGGUGUAGAUAGAGCAAAAACACUAAUAGUUUGUAUGGAAAUUCAAACAAGAAAAGCAAGGGACCGUGAUCAUUUCAAGUUGCUUCUGUAUCGGAACAUGUACGAGCAUCCUGCAAUUGAAGAUGGAUUUAGUGAGAACAAUAAUUGAUCCUGGUAGAAGAUCGCUACGAUUGAUAUGAAUACACCCAAUGGACCAAGAAGAACA